AUGAUAAUCUAAUAAGAUCAUGAAAAAUUGCUACUUAAUAAGUGGCUAUUAUGCUUUAAAUCUAAAAAUAUUGAAAUGUCUUAUUAACUUUAAAGGAAAAAGUAUUUCCCUGCUAAGAUUAGUUAUUUGAUUAUUCUAUAAUUACUAAUUCAAAGUCUAGCGCUCAUUUAUGCCAUUAUUUAUCAUUAAGGCUAAGCUAGGCUAAAUUAUCUUAUUUUUUUUUUCAUUGCUAUAGACAUCAUUAAUUUGAAAUUAAUGGCUAAGUGCUUCGAUAAAAUACUUAUUAUUGUAUAGUUAAAAUCUUUUUUAAGUCUUAUCUUCGCUGUUGAAGUAUUCUAUGUCCAGCAAGAAUUAAAUAUACCCUCAUGCUAUUUCUUGAUCUAUUUUCUUGGAUAUAUAUCCAUUUGCGGUAAGUCGCACUUAUGGUACAAUCAGAUAUUAAUUAUAAUAGUAUUGCUAGUUUAUUUCUACGCUAGAACAGAUUAAAUAUUAUAAAUAGGAAAUAUAUUGAUAUAUAUUCUAUUUUAAGUCAUAAAAAUCUAUUUUGAGGAAAAAGAUUAGCGCCUUUAGUACUAUGACUUAUUUAGAGAGAAUAAAAUUAAUGAAAAUUUUCAAAACCUAAUAAAAAAUAUUAUUCCUUGUGGCUUAUUUGUAUGCUCUAAGCCUAGUUAGUAAAAAUAAAUAGUUAAAAAUAUAAUUGAUCAAGAGGAAGUGUAAACUAAAGAUUAAGUUUAAUCUUAAUUUAAUGAUCUGUAAGUUAAAUUUGUAAAUCGCUAAUGUAUGCAAGAUUUGGAUAUAGCAGAUGGUCAACACACAAUAACGAAAAUAGAAUAAUUCAAAAAUAUCAACAAAUACAAAACAAUAUCGAAUGCCCCAUUAGUUGAUAAAAAUUAAACAAAUAAAACAAAAAUAGCUAAUUUAAAUUCAAUUGAUCAAAAAAAAGAUUUCACAUUAAACUAAGUCAUUUAUGACUAUUUAAAUACUAAUAUCAAUGACUACAUCAAGAGUAUAGAAAUGAAAAAUAAGCCUGAAUAAACAUUCUUGAAUGUUCCUUAUGAAAAUGGUUUUUAUGAGACAAAGUUUUUUGAUAUAAAACUUGUUAAUUGUUAAUGGGAUAAUACAGAAGCCUGCCUGUGUGUAUUGAUAAACUUGAGUUAAAAAGUUUUAAAUGAAAGAUAAAAUUAGCUUGAAGAAUAUUAAAAGAGAAUGAUGUCAACAAUAACACACAAUUUAAAGACACCUUUAAAUGGAAUUAUUCUACUAUUGUAGAGUCUAAUUUAACAAAAAGAUCAAAUUCCAGAAGAAUUAUAUUACUAAAUUAUUGAUAUAUAUACUAAUAGUGAGCUCCUGCUUUGUAUGAUAAAUGAUGUAAUUGAUUAUUCGAAAAUAUAAUCAGACAGCUUUAAGUUGGUCACACAAAAAUUUAACAUCAGUAAGCUCCUUUAUGAAAUCAAAGACAUGUAUGCUACAUAACUCGAGAAAAAAUAGCUUUAACUCAUAUUAGACUAUGAAAAUUUAAAAGAUUUUACAUUUAACACUGAUUAUGAGAGACUAAAAUAAAUUCUUGUUAAUUUGACUGGAAACGCGCUAAAAUUUACUUUUGAAGGCUAUAUUAAGAUUGUUAUCAAAGAAUCUAACUUAGACUCAAAUAUUGUAGAAAUACAAGUCACAGAUACAGGAAACGGAAUUUCUAAACACAUAAAAUAGAGUCUACUCCAAAAAAAAAUUACUGAUAACCACAAACAUAAAUUAGAUAAACAAUCAGGUUCGGGCAUAGGAUUAAACAUUUGCUAAUAAUUAGUUGAAAAGUUAGGUCCACAUUCAAAGCUAUUUAUUUAAUCAGUAGAAAAAUAAGGCACUAAAAUUUCAUUUUAUCUUUAUAAAAAUUUUAAUCGGAAUCGAUUGGCUUCUCAGCAAAAUCAUGUGCAAAAAUCCAAACAAAAGAGAUUUAGUCUUAAACCUUAAAACUUUUCUAUGAAUACAUUCAAGUCUGAUAUAUAUUCUUAUGAAGAUAAUCAAAACUCUAACAACUUUAUUAAAAUAAAUGAUAAACUUUAAAGCAAUUCAAACUAUGAAAAGAAGAGAGGUAAAAAAGAGACUUUGGCUAUUCUUGGAAUCAAUAAUCCGAUUAACAAUCAACAAAUGUCUACAACUGAUAAUUUAAUUUCUUAAUUUGGAUUUUAGAUACCUUCACAAGAUUAAAUAAGAUAAUAAAAAUAAUCUAUUAUUAAAUAGCUUAUUGAUGAGAAGCAAAAGAAGGAUUUUCUCAGAGAAAGCUUCGAGUCAUACUAGCUUCAUGAAAAUGAUGAGUUUAACUAGAUAAAUAGCAAAAAUAUCAAUUUGUUAAAUUAAGAAGAUUUCAUAAAGCAUAAAUUAUCGGUUGAUAUUUAAAAUUUGAGAAAAGCAAGCGUUGGAAGGUAGAAAAGCACCUCAAAAUUAUCAGAAAAGAAAUCCAUCAGCAAAACUAAUUCUGAAAACAGGAGAUCUUAGAGAUAAACGAUAUCGAAAUCAUUUAUAUUGGAAAGUGUUGGAGAAAUUGAAGAAUUCACACUAGAGUUAAAGCAUAAUUUCAAUGUGAACAAACCAAGAAAUAAAGUAAACAGUAUUUAUAAUCUGUUCUCUAAUACUAAUGUAUUAGGUAAAUUAGAUUAUUAGCUUUAGGAUAAAAAGUAAGCAUCAUAUCUAUGCUAAGAUGAAACUUCAAAUAAUUAUUUAUUGAUUCAAAAUAUGGAAUAAAUCAAAUCAGAACAAAAUACUCUGAUUAACAACCAUCAAAGUAGCUUGUAAUCUCCGCUUUCACAAAAUUUUAAGUUCUUAAGCAUAACAGAAUAGCCACUUCUAACCAAUAUUGAAAGUCCUUCAAACCAGUAUUUUGCUUCAAACUUUGCGUAAUAGUAGUAAAUUAAAUAUUAAAAGUCUAAAUUUGAUUAAUUUAAUUAGAAAAACUCAGAAGAUAAUGUUUCUAGUGAUAUUGAUGAUUUAAAAAAUAGUAGUUCUUAAAAGUCUAAAGAUUAGCAAUUCUAAAUAACCUAAUACAUAAAUGAAAAUCAGAGCUAAUAUAAAGAUAAUCAAUCUAAUUAAAAAAGAUAAAUUGAAAAUCACUAAAAUGUUUCAAAAUUAAUUUAUUAGGAGCUUCCAAAUUCAGAAGAAACAAAUAAACACUAAUAAAAUUCUUAAUAUGUAAAUAAUAAUAAGACACAAUAAAGUGUUAAUAAUAAUCAGACACAACAUAGCAGAAGCUCGAGUUCUUAAAUGAAUUUAAGUUAAAUUAAUGUCAAAGAAAAAGAUGCAAAAUUUAAUACUCAAAAUGAUGAAACAAACGAUUAACAUAACCCCAAAAACUAUGAAAAAUAUAUUUUUAAAAGCCAUAGAAAUAAUUUGAAUUUUUAAAGUGAAAAAUAAUUUUAAUUUAAAAAAUUUAUACUUCAAAAUGAUCAAUUUAAAUCUAAUGAUUCCUCGAAUACUUACAACAACGAAACAUACGAUGCAGAAUAAAACUUUAACUAUUAAGACUUUGAUAAUUAAAAAAACUAGAAUAAAUAGUAAAAUGAUGUUUCUGGCUUCAAAAAUCUAUUCUAGAAAUAAUACUCGAUAAAUUUAUUGUAAUAAGUGCCUUCUAAAAGUGACUGUAAACUGCAUAGAACUAUGUCUGAAAAGUAAAAAUAUUCAGAAGAGCAUUCAAAUAACUAAAUAAUUCAGAAAAGCCUAAUUCAAAGUUAUAGAGAAUUAUAAAAGCAUGAUCAAAUUGUGCUGUAAAUUAAUAAACCAAUUAAUAGUAAUUUCAAUGAAGUGAAUUAAAAAUAUCAAUCACUAAACAUAGCAAACAUCACUAGAGAUCAUGAAUAGUAUAUUAAAUAAGCUUUAGAAGGAAAAAAAAUACUUAUUGUAGAUGAUACAAUGUUCAAUGUUAUUGCUUUGAAAGCUCUUCUAAUGAAUAUAACAAAAAAUUCAAUAGUCAUUGAAGAAGCUUUCAAUGGUAGAUAGGCUAUGCAAAAAGUACUGCAAAGCUAAGAAUUAUUUGAUUUAAUAUUUAUGGAUGUGAAUAUGCCUGUUAUGGAUGGAUUAUAAGCCACAGAAAAUAUCAAACAAAUUGACCGUAAUAAUAAAAUAAUUAUAGUUACUGCAUUUUCAGAUGAAACAAAUAGAUCUGAAUGCAUAAGUAUAGGUGCUGAUGGAUUUUUAACAAAACCAGUAAAAAUUAAAGAUUUAGCUACUCAAAUAUAAAGUGUUUUUAAAUUGUACAACAAAUAUUGA